CCAUAAUCUGUCUCUGCGUUGAGAGCGGCUGAUCAACAUUUUCUCUUCGUGUCCGCAAAAUUCUCUCAUUUAGUCUUUUUCUUUGAGAGUUACAAAGAUGGCAAAAUCAAAGGAUGAUUGGAUCCCAACGACACCUCAAACCAAACCAGCUUCAAAUCGUCGCAAGAAAACAUCAGCUUCAAAUCGUCGCAAGAAAGCACCAGGAAAAGCCGCCAAAGCUAAAGGAAAACGAAGUGCAAUGAAAAAUGUAUUUCCAAACUUGCCGAAGAUUUUGAAGAAGAAGAAGACUAGACAGGCACCGAAGAGAAUAUCGUCUAACAAGUUAGCCGAGUUAAUGAAAGUCGUUAACGACCUUUCCUUUUAUAACUUUCCAUGGAGGCGUGCAAGAAGGAAGAGAUCGAAUACAACAAUUAGGAGGAGAGACUUUCCAUCUAGUUCUUUUUCCUUUCCUACAUUUGAAGAUAAGAGUGUUGAGAAAGUUCUACAAGUUGAAGAUAAGAGUAUUGAGACAGUUCUAGAAGAAUGUGAGAUUAGUUUUGAAGAGAAACUUGUAGAAGGUGUAGUUUUGGGGGGUUUUGAUGUAGAAUUAGUUGUUGGAGCUCAUGAGAUUCUCGACGUAGAAUGUGUAGUUGGAUCUGAAAUGCACGUCCCGGAACGUAGCAAGUGCUCGCAGCCGGAGGAAGACAGCAUAGGCAGAGACAAGGCCUUUGAUAUAGAUAAAUUAAACUGUGAUGGAGCAGUCGAGCAAAACGUCGUAGCUUGGGUGCCACCGACACCUCAAAUCCGAGCAGAAGGUGGACGCUCUGUGUCGAAUGCUGCAAAAUGUGGGCAAACAGAGAGUUUGAUAGAUAUUCUCAAGAGGACGUGCACACGUGUAGAUUCGGAGAAGAAGCAGAGGAAGAAAAUGAUUAGGCACAAGCCGAAAGUGGUCGGUCCGAGGAAACCGGUCAAGCCCACCACUCCCAAACCUCCGGCCCCAAAGCCCACCAGAAAAGUGAAGAGAAAGUUGGAUUUCAACAAACAACAUAGCACCAUGAACAAGGAGGAGGAGGAGGAGGAGUUGAAGCAUCAGGAUUUGGCUGAUGAUUCGUUAAAUAUACGCGAGAACAAGUGUCGAAGAGUGUCGCCUGCAGAACUAAACAACAUGAUCGGAUGGAGUUGUGAGUUGUCGCCGAGUGAAUAUGGCACGAUCCCUUGCAACGGGACCAGCACAAGUGGUAACUCUGAAAACAAUAUAUUGCUAAUGCAAGAUGAGGCGGUUAGAGACGCUCUAGUGGAUUUUACGGUGGCAAGGAUGCAAGCCCUGCGCAUCGAGGAUGACACUUGCAACCAACUCGUGGUGCAUGAUCCUAACCGUAGUGGUGCGCUUGUCGUUUCCAAGUAUCCUACCAAGUAUCGGAAGCCAGCAAUAGAUUUUGAUAAGGAGACCACGGUCGCGUGGGACCUAUUGACUAGAGACGACUGGAACGAAGAUGCUGAAGCGGAAGCGCUCGGACAAGAUGCGGAUAAUAUGAAGCGGGAAAGGAAAUUUUUUCUUGACAGAUUGAAUGUGUUUUUAGAACGUAUGCAUGUGGUUCAAGGAGAUAGGAAUUUUUCACCAUGGAAAGGAUCAAUUGUUGACUCUAUUGUUGGUGUUUUUCUAACUCAAAAUGUUAGUGAUCAUCUCUCAAGUUCUGCUUUCAUGGCUCUUGUAGCAAAAUAUCCACCCCUGUCCUUGGAUGAACAAAACGAACAGAUUCGCCUUUUCGACAAUCAAAUAAUGGUUGUCGAACCCUCAUCCAACACAACAGAGGAUUCCAGCCCCGUCUCUAGUGUCGACCCUCAGGUUGAUCCCGGAGCAAAAAAGACGAUCAACUGGGAUGACUUGAAAAAACAAUACUCCCACGGGAUCUCAAGACAGAGAGUAGAAGAAAAUUCGGAUUCUAUCAACUGGGGAGCCGUGAGACAAGCAACAGAAGCCGAGGUUGCUAAAGUGAUUCUUGACCGAGGCAUGAACAAUCAGCUCGCCGAUAGAAUCAAGAGGUUCCUCAAUCGCUUAGUCACGGAUCACGGUAGCAUAGACCUAGAGUGGCUAAGAAAUGUCCCACCACCUAAAGCAAAGGAGUAUUUGUUGAGCAUGUCUGGUCUCGGCUUGAAGAGCACCGAGUGUGUGAGGCUCCUAGGACUUCACUUUCCUGCCUUCCCGGUCGACACAAAUGCUGGCCGGUUUUUCGUUCGUGUUGGGUGGGUCCCCAUCAAGCAACUCCCCGAGGGUGUCCAGUUUCAUGAACUCAACGAUUAUCCAAGUCUAGACAGCAUACAAAAGUACAUAUGGCCGCGUCUUUGCGACAAAGAUCAUUCGUUAUUGUACCAAACACACUGUCACAGUGUUACUGUUGCAAAGACAUUCUGUACAAAGACACGACCAAAUUGUAACCAAUGCCCCAUGAGAAACUUAUGCAAGCACUAUGCAAGUGCACUUGCAAGUGCUAAGCUCCUCCAAGGUUCUCAAGCUACUCAACAAAUUCCAAAGUUGGCAAACACCAAUUCUGAACCAAUUAUAGAAUUCCCACCAUCUCCCGUGUCGGAGAGAAUGCCUCCGGCCAUAUGCGACAUCGAAGAAAUUGGGCAUGUCUCCGAGGAUGAGGAUCCGGAUCCGGUUAUAUGCGACAUUGAGGACAUGGGACAUUACUCCAAGAAUGUGGUCAUUUGCGACAUUGAAGACAUGGGGCGUGCCUCUGAAAUGACCACUGUCCCAUUGCGUGGAGUCGAAUACCCGGGGAAGAUACGUAGGUUUAUAGAUGAUGACUACGGGCUUUCAAAAGUUUUGGUUGCUAUGAACGACAAUAUUGCUUCAAUUCCUUUGCCUGAACCAAAGCUAAAACUUCGUCUAAGAACAUUACAUGAAGUGUACGAGCUUCCGGAUUCACACCCUCUUUUGGCAACAGUGAACUUUUUCCCAUCUCUAUUUUUUCAUAUAUUGUGUAAUUAUUUUUUAUUGAAUAAUUUUGAUUUUCUUUAUUUUGCCUUUUUAUUGAAGUUUUCAAAUCGGGAAUACGGAGACUGUUAUCCAUAUCUUCUUGCAAUAUGGAGACAAGAUGAACACAGCAAGGAAGCUACACCAUGUGAUUCCGGACCACCGUGUUUAUCAAGAGAAGUUGUUCAAUAUCAAAAUAAAGAAAGAAUUACAGGAACAAUUUUGGUGCCAUGCUUUACGGCUAUGGGUGGAAGAUUUCCUCUUAAUGGGACAUAUUUUCAAAUAAACGAGGUUUUCGCGGAUUAUGAAACAAGUGUGGAACCAAUAGUUGUUCCGACAGAAUUGAUUUGGAAUUUGAACAAACGAGAUUUGUACUGUGGGACAUCUAUAACUUCAAUAUGCAAAGGCAUGUCAACCGCGGAAGUUGCUCAUCUAUUCAAUAAAAGUUCUAUUUGCAUUAGAGGAUUUAACAAAAAAAGUAAAGCUGCAAAAUCGCUUGAUGAGAAAUUUCAUCUAUGUAAAACUCGGACGCCAAGCAAAAGCUGAAGGUCUCAAAUUUGAGUAUAUACAUUGUAUAGAAUUUUUUAUUGAUUUAGUGUUCUCCAAUUGUAAAUAUCUUAUGUUGUAUUCCUUUACUCAUUUC